AAGUAUAGAAAAUUGCUAAGUGCAAGGUGGUGGAGUAGGACCUAAAAUUCUGAAAUAAGUUACAUAAACAGUCAUGAAUACUGGAAAUUACUCAUUUUCAUUCUCAGGCUCACUUGGCUUGCAACUUGCAUGUGUCUACUUGAAGCCAAGAUGACUCAAUUGAGACUUUAAUUUUGGAGGUGUAAGAAUAUAUAUCUUACUGGAAAAGACAGUCAUGUUUGAUAAGGUAGAAGGCAGCAGGAAAAGAGGAAGACUGCAUCACAGAUGGGUAGACUCAGACAAGCAAGCCAACUUCUUGAAUCUGCAAGUUCUGAUGAGGGCUGUCAAUAACAGGGUGACUUGUAGGUCUCCCAUUUAUAUGGCCACCAUAAAUCAAAGUUAACAUGUUAGUUAACAACACAGUGCCAGUGUGAAAGGCCUCAGAGAUUCUGUUGUGGGUUUUAAAACUUCAACAAUGAGGAAGCUGAUUAUCUACACAAUGGGUCUGUAUGGUGUUUCAUCCUAAUACAACUGGUUAAGACACAGGCCCCUUCUACAUUGCCAUAUAAAAUCCAGAUUACCUGGUUUGAACUAGAUUAUAUGACAGCAUAGACUCAAAUAAACCAGUUCAAACAAGAUAAUGAGAAUUAUCUUCUUUGAUAAUCUGGAUUAUAUAGCAGUGUAGAAGAGGCGUUAGUUUGGGAUUACAAGACAAUGGUGUUCACACGCUUUUUAGGGUAUAUUGUUUGGUGAAAUGAGCAAUGUGAAACAGGCUACUUAAAUAUCAGUGGCACCAAAACAAAACCAUGCAAAGGAUUCAAGAUGUUAGUGUUCUAUUUAAUGAUUUUGUUAUUGCGUUUACCAACCAAUGAUUGUAAACAUCAUAUACCUGAACUCUCCCUGGGUAAAGAAGAACCUGACCUCAGGAAUGCAAACAUUAGCUUGCCAUGUAUUUAUGGAGCACCUGUAUUGGGCCAAGCUAAAGUUUUCCUUACAGUGCCCAUGGAAACAGGCUUAGUUCCUUGAUUCUAAUUCCAGACUACAAACAAGUGGCCAGACAUCCCUAUCAAAAUGACCUCUCUUCUGCAAGAGACACUGUGUGAAGUUCACACCCAGGCACCUCCUCCCAGCAAGGAUUUCCACCACUUGACUGUCACAAAAAGUGAGGUUCUCUGGAAAAUAUGGAGAAUUACAUUUCGACCUAAUCAAGAAAAAAUCCUCCCAUGGGCAGUGAAGAAACUCCAUAAAGAUUUUCUCCUGGAUGAACAAUUACAGAAGGAGAUGCAAAGCAUUUUUGGAAAGCCAAUGCUGGACUAUGUUCUCAACUUGUGCCAAGAACGCUAUGAUUUCCUAAUCCGAAUGCCCGAAAGCUUGAUUGUGCACAUCCUGUCUUUUCUUAAUACGGAGGAUAUUAGGCAAUUGUCCAAAACAUGUAAAAGGUUUUGGAAGUUGUGUAACACUGAAGAGUUUUGGGAAAGAAUACAAAGAUUGCAAGACAAAUAUACAUUAGAUGCACAGACAGACAGGUUGCCGGCUUACAAGAAACCAUUUAAAGUCAACCAAAGACCUGGUCAUUUGGCUCUGAUGCAGAGAAGACAGACCACAUUCUUCUGAAAUUGAUGACAAAUAGGUGAUGGUUGGUAUACAUUCCUGUAUUCCAAGCUAGUCAAGUGUGUACAAAAUCUGUGUGCUCAUCCAAGGACAGCCUUAUUGUUGUAAAAAUCCACCAAGCUGGAAUACAAGAGGGGAAAGCCUAUAUCCAGUGAUGGGUGUUAAAGUAAUCAAAGCUACAGAUGCUAAGUAGGUCUUGCUCAUGCUGUUGUAUGUGUGCGUGUGCAAUAAAUA